CCCCUCUCAAGUCGUUGGUUAAUAAUUAGUUAUUUACUAAUAGAGAGGUAGAGAUGUAGUGUCAUGCCCUUCACCACGGAUAAUUCUUAUAUAUAUACACUACCCUAUUUCAAACUCAAUUAUAUAUAUAUUUAUCUUAUGUUUGAAUAAAGCCUUCAAAAAUAAAAGUGUUUGUUUUUAGGCUCCGAAGCUAUAGCUCUCCGUUUUCUUCUCCCCAUUGAACCCAAAAAAAACAAAAAAAAACAAGAGUAGAUCAUUAUAUAUAUAUAUAUGAUCGAACCCUCAUGCUUCAUGAAAAGGAUAAGACUCUCCAAAUCCAUACUUCCAAUAAUCCAGGAAUUCCAUUAGUAUCUCCUCAAAAUCUCUCGUUUGGAUCAUAAGAUAAAACUAUCUGUCUCUAAUCUCACCCUAAUCUCUUAUAAUAGUUUUAUUUUGUGUCAAAAGGGGAUUCUAUGUAACUUGCAGUUUCCUUGAAUGCAUGAAUUUCUUUAGCCUUUGAGAGAAUUGUUUGUUAGUUAGCUCUUACUGUAAAACUGUUUUUUUUAAGUUUGCUGUUCUUUUUCUUUGUCUUUUCUAUUGGCUCAUGGAGUACAUGAAAGAAGUGGAAGGCAAAAGAAUCCAUGAUCCUUUCAACAAAAAUAUGGCUAUAUCACCAAGCAGGUGUAUAUGGGUGCCAGGGGCAGUCAUAGUUGGUGCUGGUCCAUCAGGACUGGCAGCGUCUGCUUGUCUUCAAGAAAGAGGUGUUCCUAGCUUGAUUCUUGAAAGGGCUAAUUGUAUAGCUUCUCUAUGGCAGCUCAAAACUUAUGAUCGUCUUCGCCUUCAUCUCCCAAAGAAAUUCUGUGAGCUCCCCCUCAUGCCAUUUCCAUCAAGUUUCCCUACCUACCCAACAAAACAACAGUUUUUAGCCUACUUAGAGGCUUACAAAGAGCAUUUUGGUAUAGAACCAGUCUUUAAUAGCACAGUAGUGAAUGCAGACUUCGAUCAUCGAUGCGGGUUUUGGAGGGUGAAGACUUUAGGAAUGAAACAAGAAGAGUCUGAAUAUGUAUGCCAAUGGUUAAUUGUUGCAACAGGUGAAAAUGCUGAGGAGGUUGUGCCUGAUAUUGAAGGAAUGGAUAGUUUUGAAGGGCCAAUUAUUCAUACAAGUUCAUACAAGAGCGGCAAUUUGUUUCGAGGCAAAAGAAUUUUAGUUGUUGGAUGUGGAAAUUCAGGGAUGGAAGUUUGCUUGGAUCUUUGCAACUAUAAUGCUCGUCCAUCAAUCGUUGUUAGAGAUUCGGUGCACGUCCUGCCGCAAGAGAUGCUGGGUACAUCAAGUUUUGGUUUGUCCAUGUGGCUGCUCAAGUGGUUUCCUGUGUCCAUUGUUGAUCAAAUUUUAUUAUUUGUAUCAUUUUUCGUGCUUGGCGACACUUCUCAGCUUGGUCUCCACCGUCCUAAACUUGGUCCUCUGGAGCUCAAAAAUGUCACUGGAAAGACUCCUGUACUGGAUGUUGGCACUAUUUCUAAAAUCAGAAGUGGAGAUAUUAAGGUUUGCCCUGGAAUAAAGAGACUAAUGCAUCAUUAUGUAGAAUUUACUGAUGGAAGGAUACAAGAUUUUGAUGCUAUUAUUCUAGCCACAGGUUACAGAAGUAACGUGCCUUCUUGGUUAAAGGAUAACCAUAUGUUUUCAAAAAAAGAUGGAAUGCCUGCUAAGUCAUUCUCAAAUGGAUGGAAAGGCGAAAACGGAUUAUAUGCUGUAGGAUUUACAAAGCGUGGCCUGCUGGGGGCUUCCAUUGAUGCAAGAAGAAUUGCACAGGACAUUGAGAUGCGGUGGAAAAGCUGAGGCACCCAGUGUCAUGGCCUUUGCUCGUGCAUCACCCGCAACAAUCGUGACCCAGAAAAGAAUAUGAUUAAUUACAUUUUUGAAAGAAAUCCCAAUCAACCUUUUCGGUCAUCCUCUCAUUAGAUUGAAGAAAAGAGCGAAAAGAGAAGGAUAUGUUAAUAAUAUAUUUUUUUACCUCUUCAAUUGCACAAAUGCUAGGAGAUUUUAAUAUGUUAAUUAGGGUAUAAACUUGGGGGUGAGUGUAACUUGGAGAGAAGAAGAUUCUCAUGUGUAUAUCUUGUGUAAUAUUUAUUUUUUCCUAGUUUGGGUAAGCAAACAUUUUUAAGUGACAAAGGGUGAGGUGGAGUGGGUUAGGUAGAUUUGUUUUUGUAAUUUCAUAUCUUUCAAGGAAAGAAGUGGUGAAAUAUAAAUCAACUAUGUAUUUUCC